AUGUUCGUUCCCCGCGCUCUCCGGCUCAAGGGCGUCAAGGAGGCACAAAAGCGAAAGCCAAACCAGCCCCAACGUCCAGACUCUAUCGAAGUUUCAAGUGAUGAUGGGCUUGUGCAGGCUAUGCAGAAUGCAAGCACCGAUUCCGCCGCACCGUCUCCUGCAGCUCAAAUGGAAGGAGUAAUCGAGACGGCAAAAGACACGAAGAGUGCCAAGCCGAGUACCACGACAGCAAAUUCGGAGUAUCUUGCCCAGUUGGUUUCUGGAAUAGAGUUAAUAUUCACGGACUAUGCACAUCAAGAUAAAUUGGGGGCAAAAUGGCUCGACGAGCGGUAUAGGACAGUCGACGAAGGAGAGAAAUAUAUCCAUCUCACAGCCAUCCUCGAACACCACAACAUCUCAACCUUGAAGCCGCAAGCAACUCAAGCUCUCCUCCGGCAGGCCCUCCAAAACGUCUCCAGCCCAAGCCUGGAUAUCUCUCCCUCAGGUUUCUACGUCCGCCGCCGCCCCUCCACCUAUCCUGCUCGUUUCGUCCCGCCAAAGUCCUUCUCUACCGUCGACGACUCAGGCCUCAGCUUCUGGGACCAACGCACAAUCUACGUCGAACCGCACAUUCGGCACCUAUGCAAGACGCCCGCCAAAGUCGCGCACUGGCUCAAAGAACACGGACAGCUAAGAGCGAAGUGGCUGCCCGUGCAGGCGGUGCAUAUGCUGUAUAAUAGCUGUGCGUUCGUGGUGCUGAGCGGAAAUGUCAUGCAUGAGGAUCAGUGGAGCAAGUGGAGGGCAAGUGGAAAGCCGGAAAAUUGGAAGGUCAUGACGAAGGUGGAGAAUAUGCGGAGGACCGAGGAGUAUGAGAAGAUGGUGAGGGAGAGUAGGGCAGAGGCGGGGAAGCAGAGGAGAGAAAGCAAAGGGAAUGAGCAGGACGACAGCCGGAGCGGUGUGCAGGAAGCGUAUGGCACUGGUAUUGAAGGCAGUUGUGAACAGGUCGCGAUCAAGACAAAGAAGAAGAAGCGCAAGAGAGGAAAGAACACUACAAGCGCGGCGGAUGAUGAAGCAGACGCAGAGGCAACUCCCGAGACAGACGGAGACCGCAGGAACAAGCGGAGAGCCUAA